AUGUCUAAAGGAAAAGUUUGUUUGGCCUACUCCGGUGGUUUGGAUACCUCCAUCAUCCUAGCUUGGUUGUUGGAGCAGGGAUACGAAGUCGUUGCCUUUUUAGCCAACAUUGGUCAAGAGGAAGACUUUGAGGCUGCUAGAGAGAAAGCUCUGAAGAUCGGUGCUACCAAGUUUAUCGUCAGUGACGUUAGGAAGGAAUUUGUUGAGGAAGUUUUGUUCCCAGCAGUCCAAGUUAACGCUAUCUACGAGAACGUCUACUUACUGGGUACCUCUUUGGCCAGACCAGUCAUUGCCAAGGCCCAAAUAGAGGUUGCUGAACAAGAAGGUUGUUUUGCUGUUGCCCACGGUUGUACCGGAAAGGGUAACGAUCAGGUUAGAUUUGAGCUUUCCUUUUAUGCUCUGAAGCCUGACGUUGUCUGUAUCGCCCCAUGGAGAGACCCAGAAUUCUUCGAAAGAUUCGCUGGUAGAAAUGACUUGCUGAAUUACGCUGCUGAGAAGGAUAUUCCAGUUGCUCAGACUAAAGCCAAGCCAUGGUCUACUGAUGAGAACAUGGCUCACAUCUCCUUCGAGGCUGGUAUUCUAGAAGAUCCAAACACUACUCCUCCAAAGGACAUGUGGAAGCUCACUGUUGACCCAGAAGAUGCACCAGACAAGCCAGAGUUCUUUGACGUCCACUUUGAGAAGGGUAAGCCAGUUAAAUUAGUUCUCGAGAACAAAACUGAGGUCACCGAUCCGGUUGAGAUCUUUUUGACUGCUAACGCCAUUGCUAGAAGAAACGGUGUUGGUAGAAUUGACAUUGUCGAGAACAGAUUCAUCGGAAUCAAGUCCAGAGGUUGUUAUGAAACUCCAGGUUUGACUCUACUGAGAACCACUCACAUCGACUUGGAAGGUCUUACCGUUGACCGUGAAGUUAGAUCGAUCAGAGACACUUUUGUUACCCCAACCUACUCUAAGUUGUUAUACAACGGGUUGUACUUUACCCCAGAAGGUGAGUACGUCAGAACUAUGAUUCAGCCUUCUCAAAACACCGUCAACGGUGUUGUUAGAGCCAAGGCCUACAAAGGUAAUGUGUAUAACCUAGGAAGAUACUCUGAAACCGAGAAAUUGUACGAUGCUACCGAAUCUUCCAUGGAUGAGUUGACCGGAUUCCACCCUCAAGAAGCUGGAGGAUUUAUCACAACACAAGCCAUCAGAAUCAAGAAGUACGGAGAAAGUGUCAGAGAGAAGGGAAAGUUUUUGGGACUUUAA